CGAAUCACCCGCAUGGACAGAGCGGGUCUCGGAAAGCCUACUUGCCCCGCAGUACUGUCGCAAAAUGUUUACAGUAGUGGAGCAGUUUGUACUCGUUUACGUUUCUUACUGCAACGAGAAAGGAAGGUUGCAUUUUUUGAUGGACCUUUUUAGUGAAUGUGUCUGACUGACCCUGUCUACCUGUCCGCCCCCACCCUGCCUUGGAGAGAAUGGAUCCCGUUGUGUUGAGCUACCAGGACAGCCUCCUGCGGCGCUCUGAUGUGGCCUUACUGGAGGGCCCUCACUGGCUCAACGACCAGGUCAUCGGCUUUGCCUUCGAGUACUUUGCUGCUGAGCUCUUCAAGGGCCUUGGUGAAGCGGCCAUCUUCAUCAGCCCCGAGGUCACCCAGUUCAUCAAGUGUGCUGCCUGCCCGGAGGAACUAGCCCUGUUUCUGGAGCCGCUGGGGCUAGCUUCCCGGCGCUGGGUCUUCCUGGCUGUCAACGACAACUCCAUCCAGACUGCCGGCGGCUCUCACUGGAGCCUGCUGCUGUUCUUGCGCGACGGCGGCCAUUUUGCCCACUACGACUCGCAGAGUGGUGGCAACUCGCUUCACGCCCGGCGGAUCGCCACAAAGCUGGAGCCCUUCCUGGGGUCGGGGAGGAAAGUGCCCUUUGUGGAGGAGCCCUGUCCUUUGCAGCAGAACAGCUAUGACUGCGGCAUGUAUGUGAUCUGUAACGCAGAGGCCUUGUGUGAGAGGGCCAGAGUGGAGGGCUCGCCUCGCCUCCCUGUCCAGACCAUCACCCCGGCCUACAUCACUCAGAAGAGGCUAGAGUGGUGCAGACUGAUCCAGAGACUAGACAGAGAUUGACCUGGGGAGCUAUGUUCUCCUCCUCAGCACUAAGCGUGUCCUCAAUGUACUCAGAAGAGGAGAGCCUUCAGGAGUUUUAAGGUCAAUGAAGGAAUGCACUGGAUCUACAUUCACAAUCACAAAGAUAUUGCCUUUGAAAGUAAAAGAUUGAAGCCGUGUUCCAAUAUUUCAGGCUUCAUACAACAAUUGCUGUCAUAUUUACUCCUUAUAAAGCCAGAACAACACAUGUAAACACUGCACCUGCAUGCCUAUACAAUAUGUUUAAUUUAUUAUCUAUUUAUCAUAUUCAGCACAAGGAGCGGGUUACAAAUCAAAGUUUAUUUGUCGCAUGACAGAAUACAACAGGCGUAAACCAUCCAGCUAAAUGUUUCCUCAACAGAGUUCAAUAUCAGAGGUAGGAAAUGGAAAGUCCAGAAUAGGAUCUUACAAAAAGCACAUAACACUAGGUCAGGUAUAAAAAUAAUAAUAAACACAGGAGAAAUGGACAUCUUGAAAAUAACGUUUUCUCUUCACUGUAUUUCAUUUGAUCUUGUAAGAAAAUGUUUAAAUUGUUUACAAUGAUUUUUGCUCAGGUUUGCUGUAAAUAAAUUAGAAUUGAUAUGAAGAAUAUACCUUAGAAUGUUAAAUAUACAGUAACCUCACAAGGAAGAAAUGUUUGGAUGCAAUUCUACCUGUUAAUCAUGGUCAAAUGAUGGUUGUGUGGCGGCACCAGUUCCAUGAUCCUCUCCGUUUACUAAACCUGCAAAUAAAACCUAGUCCUCAUCUUAGUAAACCAUGAACAUUUACACCGUAUCUCCAUGAUACACUUCCAAUAAACCAAGCAAGGAACAUGAAAGUGCCAUAUCUUAUAUAUGAGAUUAUAUGCAUAUAAUGAGAGAAAUUAAUUUCAUGUUGAAAUUGUUACAGUAUUUUGGAUGAUAAUAAAGGAAUGAAUCUGAUAUCAAUAAGCAGCCCAA